CCCCCGCCGGGCCCCAGCCCGCGGCGCGGCCGCCCGGCGCCGGGGACCCGCACAGUGGCUUUCUGCCUGGUAUGGAUGGCAGCUGGAGCAUCAGUUUCUAUGUGCCGAGUGAGCCUGGUGCCCGGACACAGGGGGCAUUCUGUGGGUCAUCGCCAAGAACGCCAGUGCCUCUCUUCUCCAUGGCCACUUGGCUUGGAACCAAGGACCCAGCUCUGUCAGUAUUGUUAACCUGUGAAUCAACUUAGCUGAAUAUGGAUCCAGGUGGUGGAAGUCUUGGACUGCAAACACAAGAAUCCAAAAUGCCUCACACUAUGAUUAUGCAGGAUUUUGUGGCUGGAAUGGCUGGCACUGCUCAUAUUGAUGGAGACCAUAUUGUUGUAUCAGUCCCUGAAGCUGUCCUAGUUUCUGAUGUUGUUACCGAUGAUGGAAUAACUCUCGAUCAUGGCUUAGCAGCUGAAGUUGUCCAAGGACCAGACAUCAUCACUGAAACUGAUGUCGUAACAGAAGGUGUGAUUGUUCCUGAUUCUGUUUUGGAAGCUGACGUUGCUAUUGAAGAAGCUUUAGAUACCAGUGAUCAUGUUUUGACUUCUGAUCUAAUAACAGAGACUGUUAGAGUUCCUGAUCAGGUUUUUGUGGCCGACCUUGUAACGGGCCCUGAUGGACAUUUGGAGCAUGUGGUGCAAGACUCCGUGUCAGGAGCCAAUUCACCUACAGUGGUUUCAGAAGAAGUUCUUGUAACGAACUCAGAUUCUGAAGCAGUCAUUCAAGCAGCUGGUACUGUUCCUGGCUCCACAGUGACUAUAAAAACAGAAGACGAUGAUGAUGGCAAAAGUACAUCUGAAGACUACUUAAUGAUAUCUUUGGAUGAUGUUGGAGAAAAAUUGGAUCAUAUAGGAAGCACUCCCUUGAAAAUCAGUACCGAGGUGGCAAAUGAUGACGUUGCUAAAGACGAUGGGUUCGGUUCAGAAGUUAUCAAAGUAUACAUAUUUAAAGCUGAAGCUGAAGAUGAUGUUGAAAUAGGUGGGACAGAAAUUGUCACUGAGAGUGACUUUCACAAUGGACAUUCUGUAGCUGGAGUAAUUGAACAAGGAGGUGUUGGUAGAAUGCAACGAGAAAAAAUGGUUUACAUGGCUGUUAAGGACUCUUCUCAGGAAGAUGAAGAUAUUAGCUGUGCAGAAAUAGCAGAUGAAGUUUAUAUGGAAGUUAUUGUAGGUGAAGAAGAAGCUACAUCACUUCCAGAAACACAGCUUGAAGACUCUGGCGUGAAUAAAACCUUUGUCCCUGUUGCUUGGGCUGCUGCUUACGGAGAUGAAAGAAGGCUCCCCAGAAGAUACGAAGAUGGUCAAGCGGCAGGAAAUAACUUGGAUACACGAUUAGAAAACAAAAACGGUAAUGCAACACAAUACCUGCAGAUUUGUGAUAGCAUUAGCACUAAUAGAGUGCUAAAACAAAAAACCAAGAAAAGGAGGAGAGGAGAGGCCAGGCAAUGGCAAACAGCUGUUAUAAUAGGUCCUGAUGGACAGCCCUUAACAGUUUACCCUUGUCAUAUUUGUGGGAAAAAAUUUAAAUCCAGAGGAUUCUUGAAAAGGCAUAUGAAGAAUCAUCCAGAUCAUAUGAUUAAGAAGAAAUACCAGUGCACAGACUGUGACUUCACAACUAACAAAAAAGUAAGUUUCCACAAUCAUCUGGAAAGCCAUAAACUUAUAAAUAAAGUUGAUAAAACCCAUGAGUUUACAGAAUAUACAAGAAGAUACAGAGAAGCGAGCCCGUUGAGUUCUAACAAACUAAUACUGAGGGACAAGGAGCCUAAGCUACACAAGUGCAAAUAUUGUGACUAUGAAACUGCAGAGCAGGGACUCCUCAACAGACAUCUGCUUGCAGUUCACAGUAAGAACUUCCCUCAUGUCUGUGUGGAGUGUGGGAAAGGAUUCCGUCACCCAUCAGAGCUGAAAAAGCAUAUGAGGACCCACACUGGGGAAAAGCCAUACCAGUGCCAGCACUGUGUCUUCAGGUGUGCUGAUCAGUCCAAUCUGAAAACUCACAUCAAAACCAAACACGGGACUGAGCUGCCCUUUAAGUGUGAGCACUGUCCCCAGGCUUUCACAGAUGAAAAGGAACUGCAGCAGCACACAGAGUUAUUCCAAGGGCAUAAGACUCAUCAGUGUCCACACUGUGACCAUAAGAGCACCAAUUCCAGUGACCUGAAGCGACACAUUAUUUCGGUUCACACAAAGGAUUUUCCUCACAAGUGCGAGGUGUGUGAAAAAGGCUUCCAUCGCCCCUCUGAGCUCAAAAAGCAUAGCGAGACCCAUAAAGGUAAAAAGAUCCAUCAGUGUAGGCACUGUGACUUUAAAACGUCAGAUCCUUUUGUACUUAGUGGGCAUAUCCUCUCAGUUCAUACCAAGGACCUGCCUUUUAAAUGCAAACGAUGUAAAAGAGGAUUUAGGCAGCAAAACGAACUUAAGAAGCACAUGAAGACCCACAGCGGAAGAAAAGUGUAUCAGUGCCAGUAUUGUGAAUAUAGCACUACGGAUGCGUCGGGCUUUAAACGACACGUCAUAUCCAUACACACGAAAGACUAUCCCCAUAGGUGUGAGUAUUGCAAAAAGGGAUUCCGUAGACCAUCUGAAAAAAAUCAGCACAUAAUGAGGCACCACAAAGAGGCCAUAAUGUAAUAUAUGAUCUCCAGAAGGAAGCAAUGUAGAAACUGUGAUACGGGAAAAAAAAAAUCUCUCACGAACUGUUUCUCCUGGUUUCAAAGCUUGAUAUUAAAUCAUAACUUUACAUUCUUUGUAUUAAAAGUCUUAAAAGUAUUAGGGUUGGCAGGGGAUCUCAUAGCCCUAUGAUUGUUGCUUAUCAGAACCUAAAGAGCACUAUCGAAUGCAGAAGGAUGGAUGAAUGUCUUAAAUUUGGAGAAAGAUGGGUGAAUGUCUUCAAAUUAAGAGCAUUACUCAUUGUUAAGCUAUAGAAGAUGAAACAGGUGAUUGUGUUGUCCAUUUUGUCACUAACAGCAUUUGUCUCCAAUAUGAAAACAGUUCAGAUACAUGGUGGGGUUAUUUACAAACUGUUUGCAGAGGCGACCAAGUCGUAAGUUGUCGUGCAGUUCUUGCAAGGAGAGUGUCAGUCUGUCACUUGAUCAUAACGUUUUUAAGUCGCGCCUGGAAAUUGAGUUCCAGAACCGGUCAAAUUGGGAGGGAGGGGGUUGUCCCUUUUUUAUAACAAAGAAACAACAAAACACAUUUCAUUGGGGAAACUGCUUUUGUUUCCUUUUAGUUUAGGUCCAACAAGUCAGUUUUUAAUGGUUUUCAAAGCUGCUAACCUAUUCUAUUGCAGGAUAUGAUGUUUAAAAUAGAGCAUUAUGUUAUGAUCUCAGAGGUGGUGUUCUGGUGCUAGGGUUAAAGAUGUGUAUGUACAUAAUUUCCCUUUUUUAUCUGAAACUACAGUUGAAUGUUGUUCAGUAUGGCACAUAUAACAAUUAACUUUGAAUUUGACUUUUUUUAAGGAUGAAAUGGAUGCAGCUCAUAGUGUUGUGCCUCAACACUUGGUUUUUUCUCGCUACUUUAAAGUCUUCUCUAAAAAGAAUAUUAAAACAGAGUUGGAAAUGUAGAGGGUUUUUUUGAAUUAAAAUUCAAAGUACUUAGAAGUUCUGUGGGGCAGUGUCCUUAACAGGUAUGGCUCUUACUGUCCUACCUCCUAAUAUGAAAUUUUCAAUAGAGACAUAAAAUUGCACCUUUUAAUCGAGUCUUUAAAAGACUAUACCAUGCUAUAAACAUGCAUUUUCAAUCUGUAAGAAAGUAUAUAUGCAGUAUUUAACCAGAAAAAAAAUAUGCUGCCAUUAGAGUUUGGAGGUGGAUCUUCAGUUUACAGUGUAUACAUUUAAAAUAUGCAUCCCUUUAACCAAUGCUUUGUGUUAGCAUGCUGCAGAUCAAAUGGCGCUUAAUAUAACGAGCUGCUCUAGGGCUAUUUAAUGACAAACCUGUUCAUAAAUGUUAUGCAUAUAAUGUGUAUUUUUUACUUUUUUAGUUGCUUCAUGUUUGCACACAGCUGUUCACAUGAUAAAUUGUAACUUCAUGCUAUAUUGUGGCUUUGUGUUUCAGAUAAUGUUCAUAUUUUGGUUUUUUGCACCAGAUGAGAAUCAGUUCCUUGAGAAUAAAUUUUUUUUUUAUAUUUCUAAACUUCAGAAAGUUCAAUUUGGGAAAUCUCUUAGGAAAAAUACGUGUUUUAUGUGGCUGUAAAAACUGAUGUACACGCUGUAAAAUAAGAUUGUCACUGUUAUGUGGGAUUAUGAUUUCUAAAUGUGUUCCUCAUCGUAACGGGCGUACAAUAAAAUGCAUCUCUUGCACUCCAAGUUUUUGGAGUUUGCUUUUCAUUUAUGGAGUUUAGGAAAUUUGCCUAAUCUUUUGAAUUACUAAUUCAUGUUUUAAUAACAUUUCAAGUAAAUAACUUAGUUGAGGUAUAUUUAACAGACUGUUGCAGAGUGCUGGAGUUUUAGUUCACCCUUUAAAGUUACAGGUAAUGCCUGUGCUUGUGCUUAUUGCUGAGAUAAUGGUCACGUGUGGUACUGAUGUGCCUUUGAAAUUCUUUCCUUUGAGUAAAGAGAAGAUAAAACUCCUCACAUAUUUUGGGACAAGCCAGAAGCUGAAAUUGAUGAUGAGGUUUAACAGUGUGUGAGUCCACCUAAUGAGGAAAAAAAAGUCAUACCUUUGGGAACAUGACAAUCUGUGAGGAACAGGUUUUUCAAGAUGUGGGAGAGCUAACAGUGGUUGUGAAAACUGCAACUGUGGUUGGCUAUCAGAUGAGCUGAGUGUAUGGACAAUGAAACCCAGCUGAGAAGAGACACUGUGGAAACAAGGUCUGCCAAAGAGAGGAAGAGGCUCAAGACUUCACUGUCCCAGUGUUAAGGUUUCAAAUACCCACAAUUAAAAGUAAUGGAAUUGAGAGAGAAAACAUGCAAGAGCCACCAGCAGAGUCCUUCGAGGUCAAGCUGAAGCAGAGAAACUCUUCCCUGUUGCAUACUGAGCUCUGGGGAAAAGUCAGUGACAGCAACUAGAGAGAAUUUCCUUCUGCUCUUCAGCAUCAGAACAAGAAACUCCACGUGCCAUGGGGUGUCUGGGCAGCGAGGGCUCCUUGCUUACACGCGGGAUGGAUGAAGGCGGUGCAGAUUGCUUCAGGACUGGCUGAAGAACAGCAGCCCACAAAAGGAUGACUGACACACUGCUCUCUGAGCAAAAACCUGACUGCAAGUGUCUGGAGUGGCCAGGAAGCUGUUCCUUGCUCAGCCUCAGCCUGGCAGUGCCCACUGUGGGCAGAGCCGUGUCCUGGAGCUCCAGCUGCUCCCCAGCCCCAGCAAACACAAUGAGGGCAAGAACUUCUUCUGUACUUUGGGAGAACAACCAAGAAUAGGAAGUUACCAGUUGACCAGGCUGUACUGAGGUGCAGAACAACUGUGUAACAGACCUAUACCAUGGAAAGCCAAAGGGUGCAUUUUUAAGAAAGGUGAAGAAGGACAUUACUUCUUGGUGAUGACUGCUGUGACACCAGGGGACUGACUGCCUGAUAAUUUCUCGUGCUUCAAUCUGAAAAGGUCCUGAGAAAACAAAAAGUCAACAUUCCAAUGGAAUAACGUUUUCUGAAGUAUUAGUUCACUGAAGUCAUAACAAUUUGCAGAAAUUUCUCUCAAAGAGCAGUGUGAAAAAGUCUGUCCUGCCAAAACACAGGCAGAGGAACAGCAUUCAGUUAAAAACCCCUAACCCCGACUCCUGAACCAGGAGAGUACCAGUGACUUGAGUUUCCACCCACACAGUAAGUAGAGGCUUAAAUACAAGAGUUCUUAGAAGAGAACUAAGUUGUAUUUGUUACCUCUUGCUGUUGUUUAAUAAAAGCAUCUUUCUCUUCCAA